UCCCCCUCCCCAAGUAAAGAAACCAAAAAGAAAAGAAAAGAAAAAGCUAUGGAGUAUGAGUAGAAGCGCAUAUGAAGGACAACAAAGGGAGCUUCGUUCAGAAUGUCGUUUCUUAAUGCUCCGUACACCUACUUGGAAAUCUCACUUACUGUCAGCUGUGGUGCUUCAAUAGCCAAAAGAUGAAGAAAUUUGUUGUCAAUUUAUCGAAAGACUCGUGAUUCUUGUUGUGUUGGAAAUUCUUGUUUUUGGGUUUCUGAUUGUGAAUCAAAGAUGGGUUUGGGGCUAUCAGUCUUGAUAGCAGUGAAGGCAACAGCGUGGUUCUUAUUAUUCGUGUUCUUUAGGAGAUUUGGUUUCAAGGUGUUGGCGGUACCUUUCUUGUAUGCAUCCUUGAUCUCUUAUCUUGUCUCAAUAGCUUCUCACCCGUCGAUCAAUCUUCCCAUGAUUUUGGGUAAAAAUCCAGAUGGGACUUUUCCAAUCUGGUCCAAAAUCAUGUUCUUCCCUUAUUUGUACUUUGUCAGAGCUUUCUCAAUGUUGAGAAGAUUCGUUAGCGGGGAAGAACCUUACUCCCAAAUAUGUGAGGGUGUAUAUGUCGGUGGCUGGCCUUCUUCGCCUUCUUUACUGCCGCCUGGUAACCCUGCUAUUGUCGAUUGCACGUCUGAGUUUCCAAGAAUAAUGGAGUUGAAGGGGCACUCGUACUUAUGCGUUCCCACUUGGGACACGAGGGCUCCUGAGCCAGGCCAGAUCGAAUUAGCUGUCAAAUGGGCUUGUAGAAAGAGAGCUCAAAAUAAGCCAGUUUUCAUCCACUGUGCCUAUGGUCAUGGGAGAAGUGUUGCGGUGACGUGUGCAUUACUGGUGGCUUUAGGUGUUGCAGAAGACUGGAGAAGGGCUGAAAAGUACAUUCGAGAAAGGCGACCAUAUAUUAAAAUGAAUUCUCUCCACCACAAAGCUUUAGAAGAAUGGUCAAAGCAUCGCCUAUCUUCUCCUAAGAGAAAUGAAUAACUGGAUGUAAAUUCUGUUAGUCCUUGGAGUCCCUCUGUUAACACAAAGUCAGCAAGGGUGAAAAGAAAAUUGAUUGACUAUUUUAACUAGUUGUCUUGGCAUUCCUCACUCAUUUUCGUUGUCAAUGACUAACUAGUGCUCAUUCCCUGUUAAAUUGUUGUAAAGAAGACUAGAAUCUUCAAUAAGACAGCCAUCAAUUACAACGAAUUCUCUAUGAAGAGCACCUCUAGUUUUGCUUUGUUAUGUCCUGCUUAAAGGUCCCCAGGAUGAUAAUUAGUAAUGAUAUGAUGCUUCCAAGCUCCACCCUGCUUUGAACUUUGAAGUAAGGUUCUUUCUUUCA